AGUUUUAAUAGCAACGGCGACUUAACUAGGCAUUACCGUAUACAUACUGGCGAAAAGCCGUAUAGUUGCUCAUUUGAUGGCUGCGCAAAAGAAUUCACCCGGAAGGACGCUCUAACUAAUCACAUUCGAACACAUACACAAGAGAAGCCUUAUCAAUGCACGGAAGUUAAUUGUGGGAGAUGGUUUAUUAAUACAUCGAUCCUUAAGCGACAUAAGCUUACCCAUACUGGCGAAAAGCCGUAUCGUUGCUCGUUUAAUGGUUGCAUAAAA